AUGGCCAAGCAGCCCGAGUCAAAGAAUCGGUCGCCGUGGCCCUGGACAUUGCCCCGUGGUGUUGAACUGUCCGCCGUCACGAGCACCAACACCGGCACCACUCGUUCGGGCCCUACGGGUCACCAGACCGAGAGGGAAAUGCCCAUCGCCUGGAACAUCGUGCCCGAGGUGUCCGUUCACUUUUCGGCGUAG